AAUUUCUUUGCAUUUAACUAGAACAGAAUAUACAUAACAAAAGGAAAUUGUCAAAAUUUAGUUAUUAAGCUUUAAUUAACAGGAAAUUAGUUUACUGUACAUAAACAAAUUGCAGAGAGUAAAAACUAAAAUAAAUAAUUAAGUUUACAGCUUAAAAUGUUACCGGAAACAGUUACAUUCGCUUUAACAUUAAUUGUUUAUGGAGCCAUAUUAUUUUUAUUGAUUUACUAUGUGCUCACUUUGGCUGAUCUUGAAUGUGACUAUUUAAAUGCUACAGAAUGCUGCAGCCGUUUAAACUUUUGGGUCAUCCCCAAAUUUGGUUCGCAUUUAAUAUUGGGCAUUUUGUUGCUAUUGGGUGGCCACUGGUUAAUGCUGGUGUUUAAUUUACCCAUGAUCACCUGGUUGGGUUAUGAAUUAUAUAAACAACCUAGAGAUAGUCUGGGCGUUUACGACCCAGUUGAUAUACAUAGCAGGGGUCUGCUUAAGGUUCACCUUAGAAACACCAUGAUUUAUUUGGCAUAUUAUUUUAUAAUGUUUUUCAUUGCCUUGUAUUUCAUGAUUACUGCUUUACUCAAAGGUGAUCCCAUUAGGCGUCAUGAGGAGGGAGAGAUAGUAACAGACUUUUAAUACUCGUAAUAAUAAAACUAAAUUAAGUAACAAUUGUAUUUUAUUAACGUAUGCGAAAGUAUUCUUAUUAUUAAUAAUGUCGUCUGAUACUUGAUGUAGUCUUCCCAUUAUUAUGAUGCACAACAACUGUCAGUAACCUCUAGUCUGGUAUACUCGUAUUUUAUUAGUAGUUUUCUUAAAUUAUUUAAAACCUCUCUCUAUUAAUAUUAUAUACUUCCCCUCUCACACAUCUUUAUGAUUUUGAAUCUCACAUGAAUGAUAUUUUGCAUUUUAUUUGUUCGAUCUUUUAUAGAAUUUUUAUUAAAAAAUAAAUCGAUUUUACCAAUAA